AUGCCGUCCAAAAUGGCCCCCCACGGCCAGAGCGAGGAUUUGACCAUCUACUACAAUGACUCUAUAGACUCCGACAACGCCGCCGCCGCGCUCGCCCUGCUCAAGGAGGUCGCCCAGCGCCGCUCGGCUGAGCGCGUUAUCUGGAUCCUGGAGCCGCGCCAGGCGGCCUGGGGCCCUAGCAUGGGCAAGGAGGAGUCUGAUAAAUGCAAGAAGCUCCUGAUCAAGUAUUUCCCAGACAAGUAUAAGACAGAUUACGACGCCUUCAAGGCCCUUCUGGGCUCCCGUCUCAAAGAAAAAACGCUCCUGGAGCGACAGGAAGAGCUGCGAAGAGAGGGCCAAGAAAUCCCCAGCGAGGACCUGGACCUGAUGAGAAAAGCUACCAAACCCAUCAACUCACACAAAGAGCAGUCCAAGAAACACGCCAGACUCAUGGCGUGGGACCUUGCUGGCUGCCUAACUCACUGGUCCAAGGAAUACUAUAGAUCUUCCCCAGCCCCAAAGGUUGAGGUUCUGGUGGAUUAUGACAGUCUAGAAGAGAUUCAAAACCCAGUGAACCUACAUUUGCAUUACCAUGAAGAGUUGGUGAGCCGUACCAAUGACGAAAUUGAAAGGUACAACCAGGCUGUACAGAAAGAGUAUGGGGAGCCCUCGAAGGGUGAUCCAUUGAACCAGGAUGAAAAAGCCUUAGAAAAGGAUAAGGAGAGCAACGCCGUGGAAGAUUGGUACGAGGAGUGCAUCAACAAAGAACAGCAGAAAACAGAGGGUCAAGACACUUCAGUUGGCCAACUUGAUAUCGAGUCCCUGUGCAAGGCAAUCAAGGCCGCCAGGAACGUCAGGUUUCUGGGCGGCUCAUCCCUCCGGAUUUUGCGUCAAUUCAUCGAAAAGAAGGUGGCUUCCAAGGUUGAUUGCUAUAUACAGGCAGGAACCCAAGACUUCUCUGCCAAUUUAUUCCUAAACCAGUUCAACAUCGGGUUAAACAUAGAGGCUGCAAGCUUUGUCUUAAGAGAAUAUAAGCAAUUCGCGUCCUUUACUAUUGUCCCAUCAGCUACCGCACAAAGCCUCAAGUACUCCUUGGUCGGGCUGCAGAGAUUAGGACACGACUGCCUUGGCAAGAAAAUGCUUGGCUAUAAUGGCAAAGUAGAGCCCAAGGACAUCGCAGCAGGGAACCGUACAAUCGAGAAAGACUUUUCCGAAAAGACAGCAAGCAUGCCUGAUCUGACCACAUUCCUGUGUGUUCUCAAAGAAAAGGAGCUGGGUGCUUUCAGGUCGUAUGUCCAGGUGGUUUACAGCAUCGAGAAGGAAGCAGAGUCCACAAACGACGACUCCAGGAAGAAUGGCUCCCAAAAUGGAGAGCCCAAAAAUGGAGAUUCCAACAAGACCAAGCCCGAAACUAGCGAACCCGAGAGAGAUCAGAAUGGCAAGAUAAAGGAAGGCGUGUCUCUUCGUCUGAAGGAUGCCUCUCAGGGCAUCCCCAUCUAUCGAUUGCCACCAAUGGAAGAGUUCACCACCGAGGAGGUCGUGAAGCUGCUGGAUUUUUCAGGCGGAGGGGAUUGA